AUGAAGGCUUCCUGGGCCAUUGCGGCCACCGUCGCCGCUCUCCCGCUGGGCGCACUGUCCACUACCUGCCACUGUCUCCCCGGGGAUGCGUGCUGGCCGUCUUCCGCCCGCUGGAACGCCCUCAACACCACCGUCGGCGGUCGCCUGGUGGCCACCGUGCCCAUUGGCACCCCUUGCCAUGAUCCCACCUACGAUGAGGCCGCCUGCAAGUCCCUGCAGAACGACUGGUACUUGCCGCAGACUCACUUCGUCUCGUCCUCCUCGGUGAUGCAGAGCUACUGGGCCAACCAGAGCUGCGAUCCCUUCACCUCCCAGUCCAGCCCAUGCCGGCUGGGCAACUAUGUGAGCUACGCCGUGGACGUCCGCUCGACGGACGACGUCGUGGCCGCCAUCAAGUUCGCCAAAUCCAACAACCUCCGUUUCGUCAUCCGCAACACCGGCCAUGAUUACAUGGGCCGCUCGACCGGUGCCGGCGCGCUGUCCGUCUGGACGCACAACCUGAACGCGGUCGAAUACCAGGACUGGUCCGAUGCCACCUACUCCGGCCCGGCCUACAAGCUCGGCAGCGGUGUCAUGGGCUACCAGGUGCUGGACGCUCUCCAGGGCACCGGCCAUGUGCUUGUGGGCGGCGAGUGUCCCACCGUCGGUCUGGCCGGCGGAUACACGCAGGGCGGCGGCCACUCGGCGCUGAGCACCGCCUUUGGCCUGGGCGCCGACCAGACGCUCUCCUUCGAGGUGGUCACGGCCGCCGGCGCCGUCGUCACGGCCUCGCGCACCGAGAACACCGAUCUCUACUGGGCGCUGAGCGGCGGCGGUGCCGGCAACUACGGCGUCGUGACCUCCGUCACCGUCAAAGCCCACCCGGACGCCCCCGUCGCCGGCGCCGCGCUGCGCUUCACCACCGCCAACAUCACCACCGACGUCUUCUUCGACGCCGUCGCGCGCUUCCACACCCUCCUCCCGGCCAUGGUCGACGCCGGCACCACCGUCAUCUACCAGAUGACCGCCUUCCGCCUUCAUCAUCAACCGGCUGACGGCCUACAACAAGUCCACGACGGACGUCAAGACCAUCUGCGGCCUUUCCUGCGCGCCCUUGGCCGAACUUCGCCAUCCCCUACUCCGUCGCCGUACUCCCGCCUCCGCCUCUACUACGGCCACUACGAGAAAGUACAUGAGCCCGCUGCCCUACGAGUAACCUCGAGGUCAGCCCAGUUCAACUACGGCGGCCGCCUGCUCCCGCGCGCCACCCUCGACGCCAACGCGGCCGGCCUCGCCGCCGCCCUGCGCCACAUCACCGACGCCGGCCUCAUCGCCGUCGGCGUCGGCAUGAACGUCUCCGCCGCCAAUGACGUCCCCAACGCCGUCUUUGCGCCCCUCCGCAACGCCGCCGUCACCAUGCAGAUCGGCUCCUUCUGGAACGAGACCGCCCCCUGGUCCGACAUGGUCGCCGACCAGUGGGCCAUCACGGACGACUACGUCCCCGCCCUCGAGGCCGUCACGCCGGGUUCCGGCGCGUACCAGAACGAGGCCAACUUCCGCCAGCCCAACUGGCAGGAGACCUUCUUCGGCGAGAACUACGACAAGCUGCUCCGCGUCAAGGAGAAGUGGGAUCCCGACCAUUUCUUCUACGUGUUCAAGGGCGUCGGGAGUGAGUAUUGGUCCGUGGCGGAGUCGGGGCGCAUGUGCAAGUCGUCGGCGUCUUGCAAGGCGUAG